UAUUAGAAAUUAACUAAAAACAAAAAUAUGAACAAGAUACAUGAAAAAAAUAAAGCUCUGCACGGCCUUUGGUAUCUAUAGCAGUACAUUUUGGAAUGAUUUUAUAACUUUUCUUGAUGAAAUUUUAAUUUGUCUUUACAGGAUCUUUGUUAGUUUUUUUCCAUCCUAAUGUACAUACUCCAUUUUUACAAUCUUUAACUAAAUCUGAUGGUUGUUCAUCUUCAUUUGUACAUUUGAUCUUAUUUUUGAAUUGCCACCAUUUUAAAAUAAGUGGUUGCACCAAAAAUCUCCAUAUAAUCAAUAAUAAAGGAAUAGCAAUGCAUGGUAUACACGCCAUUUUAUUCGUCUUUUAUUUUCUUUAAUAACCUGUAGCAUACAAAUUAUCAUAUUAAUGACAUGAAUACACAAAAUAUAUCAAUUAAGGAAUCAUUUAAAUGCAGAAUAUUAACUUCGUAUCUUUGUUCAAUACAAUUUAUUACUGUUUUAUCAAUCAAUAUUAUAAAUGGUUUACUUUAUUUAGUAAUAAAUUUAUAUAUAUUUGAAAACAAAUGCAUAACAACUGCGUAACGAUAAAUGUAUUAUCUAUCUAUCAUUAACAAGUAUUAACCUUAGACAUAGUAUCACAUAGAAUGGACAUCGAUAGUAAUGUUGUAUUUUUCCCGUUGUAAGAUCAGUGAUUCCUGCCAUAUCGACAAACUAGCACAAUUGAAAUCUCAAAUGAGAACAAAAAUAAAGAAAACAUACCUCGAAGAAUUGAAUUAUCUAUACUGUAUAAAUUGCCAUAAUUAUAUAAUUUAGUGUAUCAUCAAAAUAUUAGGUUGCUUAUGAAGAGUAAAGAAAUUGAAAGUUUUUGAAGGCAUAUAAAAUAUAAUAAAAAUCUAUAUACUUAAUUAAAAUAUGAGCAAGAUAAACGAUACAGAAAUCAAUACUUCAAAGGUAAAAAAUGUAAAAAAUAAUUUACGACGGGAUCAUGAAAUAGAUAAUCCGUGUCUAAAGGAACACGAUUUAUCUUUACAAUGCUUGAGUGAUAAUAAUUAUAUUCGUGAUGCUUGCCAAGACUACUUCCAAAAUUAUAGGAUUUGUCAAAAAUUCUGGAAAAAAAUAGUGGUUGAUCGUAAAAGAAAAAAUAUCAAACCUUAUCUUCCAUCACCAGAAGAUCGAGAAAAUGUUAAGAAUGAAUAUCUCAAAUUUAAUAUUAAAUAGUAAUUAAUCAUGUAUAUGUAUUCAUAUACAUUUCAGAAGAAAUGUUUCAGUGAUUACCAUUUAAAUUAUUGAUUUUAAUAAAGUUUGCAUGUACAAAUGUAUUAUUUAAAAUACAAUUGUUAUUACAGCAAAAUUAUAGAAAAUUUGUUAUUAUUAUUGUAAUAAAUUGUAAUAAAUUGUAUA